AUGACUGUCUACAUCGUGGGGGCUGCCGUGAUAUUCUUCCCGCGCCUCAUCUUGACACGGCACUUUUGGACCGAUGCGCAACGUUCUGAAUUCUUCGCCAGUGAAGUCCAGAAGUCGCAGAAGGCCGCUCAGCAGAUCUUGGGUGAUCUGAAAACGAUUGAAAAUGUGGCUCUGCCUGCGCUGAAAGAACUCGACAACACGAAAACGGCGGAUCUCGCCAGGCUGCAUGGUUUGAUCCCGUUGCCGCUGCCCGGCCUGAAGCGACGACUGGAAACACGUGCAGAGGCAUUGCGACGUCUCGAUCAUGUGCUCAACUUCUCAUCCCUGACUAAUCGGCAAAUUGUUUUUCAUUGCUACAUACGGAGGAUCGACUUUAGCGGAAUGUCGAACGCUCAAAUGAUCGAUGCUUUAACCGAAUGGUCUCAGCGCACGCGCCGCCUAUCCGACUCUUCAUACCUCGUCGCUCCACUGCUCUUCAAAUCCGGGCGUAAUUUA